UUCUCCUUGUCCCACUCUCCCCUCUUAACAAAUCACUUCCUCCUCUCCUUCCCACCACACAAAGUUUCGUUCUCCAAUCAUCUCUCUCUCUCUCUGGUGUUUGCUUGGCUGCGAGACAUGGACGACUCCACAAACAGUAACACCAUAAAGUUGGUGGUUUUCUUAAUCUUCAUCAUGGGGCUGCUAUUAACCAUUAACCCUGCAUCAGCAACUGGUGAGACGUAUGAGCCAAACCUAAAGCAAUCAACAACGACGGAGACAUUUCAUCCCGCCGGUCCGACGGAGUAUAAGCUUUUUAUUGAUGGCGUGACUAAACCUAAUCACGAUACACAACGGCGGCGACUGGCUCCAUAUCAGCUGUGUUUGCCGUGCAAGUGCUGCUCAGCCACCACCUGUAUCUCCAUGCCUUGCUGCUUCGGCAUCGACUGCCAGCUCCCCAACAAACCUUUUGGAGUUUGCGCUUUUGUCCCCAAGACUUGCAACUGCACCAAUUGCACAACUCCUGCUUGAUGCCAUUCCCCCCCCCCCCCCCCUCUCUCCUCUCUAUAUAUAUAUAUAUUCUAGCUAGCUAUAUAUAGGCCUCAUCUUUCUCUUUGAAUUUAUAUAUAUCUUCUGGUAUAUACUUGUGUAUUAGAUCUUAGCUGGCCGGCCAUAUUUGAGUCACAUCAGUUCGCAUUUCACAAGCCAAUCAAGUAUUAUCAUAUGAUAAAGUUAAGAUAUAUGAUCAUGCGUGAUUGACUUAUACUGCCGCAAUACCGCUUAUUAUAGGUGGAUUUCCCGGCUAGAGUGAGUGAAGGAAACAAUAGUUUAACAAAUUUGAAAUUUGGGAAAUGCACUCUAUUUUUUCCUAAUAUGUUUUAGGUCUAUCAGAUCCUUUCGCCAGCCGAUCAGAUUUUUGAGUUCCAGCAGUAGGCCUUGACUGGAGGAAAGGAAGCAGCAUUACACAGAUUUGAAAUUAGGGUUUUGAGCCGAUGGCUAAGAUACAAAUGAUGACAACCUUGCAUUGUCAGAGAAUUCAGAGGGUACAGAUUGUUAUUCGAUGUUUAGAAAUCAUAAAACCAAGAAGUUCUCGUAUAAAAAUAUAUCGUGUUGCCACGCACCCACGUGGGCAACUUGUUAUAUAUAAUGCUUGAAUAUUUGUACAUGCAUCGGUCCACACCCAUCACAUACAUAUAUUCUUGUUCUGGUAUAUUAAUUUAGUACAUGGUUGAAUGGA